AUGGCCGUGGAUCAUCGUCUAGGAUACCUUCAAAAAGAUAUUUUGGAUGAAGUUAUGGCUGAAAUCGAUUAUAAUCCUCGGUAUCUGAAUCAUGAUGAUGGGUUGGAAGUAAAAGGUUUAAGGCGAAAUAAUAUUAUCCUGGUUGACUCGUACGAAGCAUUUAGAACUAUGUUGCAUCAACUCGAAAUUACGCACGUUUACUAUUCUUCGGGCUAUUACCUAAUUGUCCUUCUAAACAACGUUGAAAAUAACUUCCCGACCAUUGAAAGAAUCCUUGUCGAUUGCUCAAGACUGGCUUUAAUUCAUGUGAACAUUCUGGUUGAGUCAAAACAGGCAACUGCCGAUUUCUACACUUAUUAUCCUUACACCCAAUUUUCUUGCAAUGACACCAGGCCAAAAUUAGUCCAUAGCUUUGUCAAUGAAACUAUGAUUUUGGGAGUUGAUAUAUUCCCCAAUAAAGUUAUCAACUUGCACAAAUGCCCGCUGAGGGUGAUAACGUGGGUGAAUCCACCUUUCAUACUCAUGGAAAAUCAAUCGGAUGGUUCUGUACGAUUCUAUGGAGAUGAAGGAAUUUUACUGGAGCAAUUGGCCAUGAAGUUUAACUUUUCCAUCAAAUAUGUAUCUGCACCGGCAGAAAAUCCGCGGGGAUUUAUCUUUGAUAAUGGAAGUAUGACUGGAACUUUUGAAAUAAUGAGGCGAGGGAAUGCUGACUUCACGAUAGGAUGUUUUCGAUACUCGGAACAGAGAGCGAAACACUUUGCAACAACUUAUUCCUACUACCAAGUACCGAUAGUUGUCUCCAUACCUCAUGGACUAAGUUAUACAGCUUUGGAGCGCCUUUUCUAUCCCUUCAGUGAUGCAGUUUGGCUUGGAGUUUUACUUAUCUCCAUCUCGGCUGUCCUUGUCAUAGUCCUUUUGAAAUAUUUCAUUAAACGUCAUGCAGAAUUUUUUAUCAUGGGAUCAAACAACAAAACUCCCAUUUACAACAUGUUGAUCAGUGCUCUCGGAGGACAGGUUAAUCAUCCACCGAAACACACCUUUGCUCGGUAUAUCCUCAUGAAAUGGCUAAUUCUGGCCUUGGUACUUCGUAGCACCUAUCAGGCAGUACUUUAUGACUUCAUUCGGACAAAUACUGAAAAGAAGCUACCGGAUUCGCUCGAAGAGCUAGUCGAUGCUGGUUAUACUAUCCACGUAGAUCCGCCCACAAAGGAUAUUGCUCAAUCCAAUAGAGGUCUCAGAAAUAUUUACGAAAUUUCUGUGGAGUCCCAGCAUGCAUUCCUACUUCGAUUGCAAGGAGGCUUGCAAAAAAGGGGUAUUUUGUGUCCCCGUGAUUAUGUAACCUACUUCAACAAUGUGCACUACAAGGACGGACCUCUCCAUAUCCUGAAAGAGAGAAUAUUGGUCCAGCCAAAUUGCAUCUAUUUUCAGAAAUAUUCUUUUUUCGUCAGACCUUUUAAUGAUAUUAUUAGGAGGUUUUGGAGCGGAGGUUUGCUGGAUAAGUGGAAAGAUGACUUCACGAAACCAAAAUACACCUUUGAUGGAUCUCGGCCUAGCGUAAGACGAUUUAGCAAUGAGCAACUCGCCGGGGCUUAUGAAUUAUAUGGAGCGUUGAUAGGAGUUGCUUUUGUGAUUUUUAUGCUGGAAUUGCUCUCGACAUAUUUCGAGCAAGCAAGGAUUUUCUUUGAAAUUAUUAUAAGAUAA